GACGAAGGCCACUCCCGGGCCGGCCGCUUCUCCCGCGACCCGGCGGCAGGAGGAGCCGACCCAGGUUAAGGGCGGGCGCCCGGGGACGGCCGCGGCUGAAGAGGAGCGUGGAGAGAGAAGGGGCGAGCCCCCGAGGCAGCCGGUGCCAUGGAGAUCGUGUAUGUGUACCUCAAGAAGCGCAGCGAGUUUGGGAAGCAAUGCAACUUCUCAGAUCGCCAGGCGGAGCUGAACAUCGACAUCCCACCCAACCCCGAGCUGGCCGAGCAGUACAUAGAGAGGAACCCGGUGGACACGGGCGUGCAGUGCUCCGUCAGCAUGUCAGAACAUGAGGCCAACACAGAGCGGUUUGAGAUGGAGACGCGGGGAGUCAACCACAUUGAGGGGGGCUGGCCCAAAGACGUGAACCCCCUGGAGCUGGAGCAGACAAUCCGCUUCCGGAAAAAGAUAGAGAAGGACGAGAACUACAUCAACGCCAUCAUGCAGCUGGGUUCGAUCAUGGAGCACUGCAUCAAGCAGAACAACGCUAUUGACAUCUACCAGGAGUAUUUCGAUGACCAAGAUGAGGUGGAGGUGAUGGAAGAGGCCCCUUCAGCUAAAACCAUCAACGUUUUCAGGGAUCCCCAGGAAAUCAAGCGGACGGCCACACACCUCUCCUGGCACCCUGAUGGCAACCGAAAGUUGGCAGUGGCCUAUUCUUGCUUGAAGUUUCAACGGGCACCUGAAGGCAUGAGCUACGAAUCCUACAUCUGGGACCUGGAAAACCCCAAUAAGCCUGAAACUGUCCUGAAGCCGUCUUCUCCUCUGGUCACCUUGGAGUACAACCCUAAGGACUCCCACGUGCUCCUGGGAGGCUGCUACAACGGGCAGAUCGCCUGUUGGGACACCAGGAAAGGCAGCCUGGUGGCCGAGCUGUCCACCAUUGAGUUCAGCCACCGCGACCCGGUGUACGGCACCAUCUGGCUGCAGUCCAAGACCGGCACCGAGUGCUUCUCCGCGUCCACAGACGGGCAGGUCAUGUGGUGGGACAUCCGAAAGCUGAGCGAGCCCACCGAGGUGGUGAUUCUGGACAUCACCAGGAAGGAGCAGCUGGAAAAUGCCCUGGGGGCCAUCUCUCUGGAGUUCGAGUCUACUUUGCCAACCAAGUUCAUGGUGGGCACCGAGCAGGGUAUCGUGGUCUCCUGCAACCGCAAGGCCAAGACGCAGGCGGAGAAGAUCGUGUGCACCUUCUCGGGCCACCACGGCCCCAUCUACGCCCUCCAGAGGAACCCCUUCUACCCCAAGAACUUCCUGACCGUCGGCGACUGGACCGCCCGCAUUUGGUCGGAGGACAGCCGGGAGUCGUCCAUCAUGUGGACCAAGUACCACAUGGCGUACCUCACCGAUGCCGCCUGGAGCCCCGUGAGGCCGGCUGUUUUCUUCACGACCAAGAUGGAUGGGACCCUGGACAUCUGGGACUAUGUGUUCAAACAGUGUGACCCGGCCCUCAGCCUGAAGGUGUGUGACGAGGCCCUCUUCUGCCUCCGGGUGCAGGACAAUGGGUGUCUCAUCGCCUGUGGCUCCCAGCUGGGGACGACCACGCUGCUGGAGGUCUCAAGCGGGCUCUCCACGCUGCAGAGGAACGAGAAGAACACGGCUUCUUCUAUGUUCGAGCGUGAGACCCGGCGGGAGAAGAUCCUGGAGGCGAGACACCGAGAGAUGCGGCUGAAGGAGAAGGAGAAGGACAAGGCCGAGGGCCGGGAGGACGUGACGCGGGAGGACGAGUCCCCUCUGAACAUGGAGGAGCUGGUCGCCAAGGCCGAGGAGGAGUUCUUCGAAGUCAUCUUCGCCGAGCUGAAGAGGAAGGAGACCGAGGCCUUGAAGAAUAAGAUCUUGCAGCAGCAUCUGGACACAGAAGAAGUGGAGGAAGAUGAUGAAGGGAACACGGACAGUCGAGAGGAAACGUCCGCCUAGAAGGCCCGCCUAGGAGGCGCCCGCCCCACCAGCCCUCCCGCCCCACCUCUGGUGCCAAUCAGGUUGUCCAAGAGUGAGAAGCACUGGGGGAGCAAAGGGGCCUGCCCCUGCCCCCACCCCACACAAAUCGCUAGCCCCUUGGCGGGAGGGCAGGCACCCCGCUCAUACCCGAGGGGGGCCCUGGUCUCACACACCCAGAACAUGUCCCGGUGACCCCACCUCAGGGCCCCCAGGGCCUGCCAGCCUGACCCUGCGUGUCCCCUCAGGUCUGGCUUCUCCACACCUUCCCGACAGUCAUUCACCUUGACAAGCCUCAGGAAGACCCGGGGGUGCAGGAAAGGGGCUUCCCUUUCUCCUUAUAGAACUUCCCCUGUGGCCCAGCUCAGGAAAAGAAAGUCUGUCCAUUUUCAAAUGUCCUUGCAAGCAGCCCCCAGGACCAUGUUUGCCUCCACAGGGUGAGAGUAGGGGGAUGAAAUG